GCUGCAGAGGAGCUCCCUGUUCCCGCGGUCAGCCGAGCUCUGCCCUCCUCCGCGCAGAAGAGGAGGGGCCAAUCAGUUGGACCAACUUCGGUAGAAAAUGUCUGGAAUUCCGUUUCCGCUUUAGGGAGUGGACGGAGAUUUUUUUCCCCCAUCUGAGUUACCAAAUAACUUUGUGUCCCACGUCAACUGGGACAGGUUUGUCUUUUUUUCCCUGGGAUUAACAGUUUUGACGAUUAUGGCGUCCUCACCGCAGAAGUCUCCGUCCUCACCGAAAUCUCCAACACCCAAAUCCCCGUCGUCCAGAAAGAAGGAUGACUCUUUCCUUGGGAAACUUGGUGGAACUUUGGCAAGGAGGAAAAAAGCUAAGGAAGGUAUGCAGCUAGGGCAUAUAAAUCAACGUUAACGAAAAGAGUUCUGGUUAUUUUUGAUUCUCACACAAUUUGUUUAUUUCGUCUCCAAUCUGAAGAUAAAGUAAUUGGAGUUCGAAAACUAUCUUUAUAACCUCCGCUGUAGCCUCGCUUUCAAUACGACAAAUUUAGCGUAGUCUUUGCAAAGUAAAAAUUCAGAAGCCAUCAACAUUGAAGAAAUGAAGGUUCAGUUUCAGACUCGCAGAGAAACUCUCGGCUAAAACGUGUGUUUUCUUGUGUGUGUUUUCAUGGCCGCGGGCUGUCUGUAGCCAUGUAAGGCAUUGAAUCCGCUCCUGGUGUAAUAAGUGAGGAAUGAGGCAUGAGUAAACACAGGCCCGUCACACACUGAGGGAGGAAGGAGGGCCAAGCUACACUCCCUCCACUUUCACAAAGACUAUGGGAACUCAAGCGUUGAUGCUGAUCGUCCUAGGAAAGGCUGUCAGGCUCAGGGUCAUGUUAGCCCUGGACUUCUUGGGAACUGCACGGUCUACUCAUGUAGGGGAGACCGGGGCUUGUUGUCACACUUUUUUCACUCUUAAAUAUUUCUUGGAAUCCAUACAUCAUAUAUAAACAAAAUGUGUACCAGGUGAAAGACCAAAGUCUCAGGUAUAUAUUUUGUAUUCCUGUCAUUUUCAUAUCUUGUGUCAGUGCAGAGUUAUAAGCAAUCAAUCAGAGAGUGUGAACAUGUGACAUAUUGCCCCACCAUUGGGUAAGUUGUCUCAUUAUAUGGGGUAAGAUGUCACAGUGGAUUUUGCAGCUAAUAAAACGAGGACAAAAUUAAUGUUCUCAUUUUUUACAUGAAAGUGAGCGUCAAAGUCAGGCACAGAAAAUGUUUAUCAUUGAGCUAGAAAAAGUCAUUGAACAAACAUUAACAUAAAAUAUUAUGCAACAUGCUCUGGAGUUUGAAGAUCUGUCUGACUCUGUAUUUCAGCUGGGAUUAAUGUUUUUGCAGUACCGAGCCAAGGUAUGGUAGUUGACAUUAAAGUCCUUUAUUGUACUCCAGAUUGAUUUAUUAGCUAGGGUCACCUGCCUGACUGUCCUCAGCAUCACGUCAGAUGUUUCUUUAGUAAUUCCUGACCAUGUCUUCUCGCUUUCUCCUCUUUUCUCUGUAAAAAUAGUCAAAAUAUCAAUAAGACAAGUGCUGAUAAGCAGACUCUCAGUGUUCAUUUUAAUUCCCUCUAAACAUUUGACAACUAACCCCAAAAUGACUGAGACAUGUUGCCCCAAACAACCAUGUUUGCUAAUUAGAGCUCUAACUUAAAGUUAGUUUAAAACAGAACAAUGACUGAGCUAUGACAGGAUGCCUUAAUCACUCCUCUAACAAGUUUACAUGUGCAACUGCUAGGAUUUUUAUCUGGAAGAAGCUUAUUUUAAAAUAUAUAAAGUUAUUUUUUUUUUACCUGGGUUGGGCUAAAUGGUUAAUUGGCGCUCAUCUCAGUUCACAAUUUGCUCUUCUCUUCUCAGACAGGACACCAUCCCUGACCAUGUAAAGGAAUAAAACUAGUAUUCCACUUUUUAGUUGUGCCCUCUGGUGGCAAAGAUAAUUGCAAUGUGACAACUUACCCGUGUGACAACAAGCCCCGGUCUCCCCUACACCUUCAAUUGUCAUAGUACCCUUUAACAAGCUGACUGCAAUAACUACCAAGGAGAUGCUGUAAAUAAGGGUACUCCUACAGUCGUCUUUUUAGACACAGUGUUCAGUUUACAGCCAUCCAGGGAACCUUUUGAAAUACACAAGGCUUCAGAGAGUAUGGCAUUCAUUGUCAAAGGCCAGGUUUUAUCAGCAAAUGAAAAAGGUUGCUUUCAAUUGGAUGAUUAUUUUGUCAUUCAAGAUGCUGCAGCACAGCUGUGCCCUAUUUGAUGUCUUUGUCCACAGGACUUGCAUGCAUUCACCUGAAACUGUGUGGUCUUAUGUUGCACACACACGCACAUACACAUGCACUGAGUGAAGUGUGUCCCAUGAUUAAAUGGAAAACGUAGGUUGGUUGCUCUUGUCUUGGUCAUUGAUUAAAUUUAAGUCAUCCCAACGUUUAUGGCAAUUGCUGCAUGUUGCUGAGUAAAGAGCGGGUGCCGGAUUGAACAGGAGUAAUAUCGGAUAAAAGAGACAGGGCUGAAGGGACUGAAUGUUUUAUCCUGAGAAGAGAUCACAUGCACACAAGGUUUUACAGCAUAGGAUCUGUUCGAUGCAUCCACAAGAGUACCAACCAUGUCUUUGUGUUAAAUGAAAAUUCAGCACUUAAAGCAAUUGAGGUAACACAUCGGUUUAUCUGAAAGAGUUCAUAUAGAAUUUUCAUUUUUGUGGGACUGAGAGAGAUAAGAGCUCAGCCUGAUAAAUAUGAGCUGUAGUGGGGAGAGCAGGUCCUGUUAGCCAAGAGAGGAUACUUGAACCUGGGGGAUAGAGACAGACAGACAUGGGCUGCGGAGCGCUCUGCCCUCCAGGUAGGACAAAACAUCUGCAUGUAUUCUCUACUUACAUGACAGCGUCACGUAGAAAGCAUGCACCUGACUGUUGCACCCAUUCACAUUGCUUCAGUUUUGUUGUUAUUAUUUAACUGUGUGGUAGAUUUGCAUUUUUAUUUUGUGAUACUGUCACGAGGGGGAUAUGCAGUGGGUACACAAAGGAUGCCUGUGGUUUGUAUUCAGUGAAUAACAAUCGUGUCAAGAUAAGAGCUGAAAAACAGGAAUGUGUGAAGAUGUAACAAGGUCCAACUGCGAUGACUAGAUGAGUGGGUCAGAGCAUCUCCAAAACUGCAGUUCCCAUGAUCAGAAGGGGUCAGUACUUACCCAUAGUGGUUUCCCAGCUGCCUGAAAGUUUAACACUGGUUCUGAUUGAAAGGUGUUAGACACUUAUCACAGCAGUCAUGAGAUUGAGAUCUAGAUUCUGACACUGGUAAUGGUGAAGAGGAGGUAAAAAUGUCAGCAGUAAUAAUAAUAAUAAUAAACUUAAUUUGUAUAGCACCUUUCUAGAACAGUUGUCACAAAGUACUUCACAGUCAUCAAAUUAAAAAAAGGGUAAGACAACAAGACAUAAAAAUCAACAAAAAGUACAUGAGUAGCCAAAGUCCUGGUUAAACAAAGGUGCAAAAAAAGUGCAAACAAAUGGGUUUUCAACCCCUUUUUGAAAGUGUCCACAGUCCUCAUUUCUGAGAUCAGUCCUAAUGCUCUCUUGACCCCAAGAAGACCCGAGUGGAGGUUCUGUGUGGUCGCUUCAGGAUGUCUGGAGCCAGUGCUAACAGCUAGCAGCCAACAUGCCUGUGUUUUCUGAGUCUGAUACCAGGUAGAGUCAGCUGAGACAGCUAAGCUUGCAGGGGUGGUGAUGGUGAUUAAUGUUCUUCUCCAUCUCAGUAACAAAGUUGUGUCACCCAGCGCCCCCCACAGGCCUGGAGCACUUAAGUUUUAUCGUUUUUUGUUUGUGAGUUUUUGCUUUGUGUCAUUUGUGUAUUUACAGCACUUCUGCUGUCCAUGCAGUUGUUUUGGCUUUUUCCUGCACAUUUUUUAUUUGCAACACAUUUCAACCUUUUUGUUUGUUCUGGACUUUUGAAUGUGCUUUUGAGGUUGUAUCACUUCUGCAUUUGCAGGGCGUGUCUGUCUCCUAAUAAAGCCUGUUUAAACUGAUGCAGAUCAUUGACUCCUGUCGGCCACCGUACUUGUCCACCACUGAAAAUGUUUGUAGUGCAUAACAGAACUGCAUAACAGUGAAGGAAAGUGGUCCAGGGAACAUACCAGUGAUGAGUUGGCCUCCAGAUUCCCCAGAUAUUAUUUGAGCAUACACGAGAUCCCCACAUCCCUAUAGAUGCUCAGAGUACGUUGUAAACACGUGACUCAUGCCAUGCUGGCUGCCUUAGCUGAUCUAUGUAACAAAUGUCUCCUAUUUAACUGUAGAUAAGGGUGGGCGAUAUGGGAAAAAGUUUAUCCUGAUAUAUUUUCUCAUAUCAGUCUAUUGAUAUAUAUCAUGAUAUGAAACAUUAAAUUUAACAGUGCUUACUGGUAGCAUGUCUUUUGCAAUACAAUAAGCUACUGCAUCUGUGAGAUCUUUGUUUCUCUCUGACGUUUUGUCAUAAGGUGUUGCGCUCGAGAAAGUGGACUGAAUGGUCGGCUGUUUUGGCUGCACAGGUGCCAUGGGCAAUUUGGUCGGUUGUUUGGGGUUCGGGGUUUGUAACCCUUUGCAUUGCGCGUGCUCUGCCGCAUAGCACUGCUUCAGGUGGUGAAAAAAAGAUUUGAGGUAUUCCCCAACUUUGUGAGAACAUGUACUCAAAAUAAUUUGCAGUUUUCAUGAAAAGUGUUGUCGACAAUGUCAUCACCUUUUGUUUCAUUUUCUUUUUUUCUCACUGACAGUGCUGUUGGCUUCACGUUUUAAAGUGCUAUGGUUGCGUAUAGCUGAACCCUGUAAUACUGGGAUUUCAGUGUAUGAUUUCAGCUUAUUUUAAAUAUAUAAAGUUAAUUAUUUUUUACUUUGGGUUGGGCUAAAUGGUUAAUUGGCGCUCAUCUCAGCUCACAAUGUGCUCUUCUCUUCUCAGACAGGACACCAUCCCUGACCAUGUAAAAGAAUAAAACUAGUAUUCCACUUUUUAGUUGUGCCCUCUGGUGGCAAAGAUAAUUGCAAUGUGACAACUUACCCGUGUGACAACAAGCCCCGGUCUCCCCUACACCUUCGAUUGUCAUAGUACCCUUUAACAAGCUGCCUGCUACUAUGCAGUUGUUUGCUACUUGGUUCUAAUUCAGCACAUUAUUGUUUUAGCACAAAGCGGACCCAGAGCAACUCCCCUUUUCAUUGGCUAUUCCUAUAGUGUACCAAAACAUGGCAGAGUGGCGACUAUCAAAAAGCACAUUGACUGUGUUUUAUAUUGAUAUUGAGGGAAAUUAAUUGUUAAUGUAUAUCGUUGUAUCGGCCAGCCCUAACUGUAGUCUGUUGUUAGAAGGAAAAUCUGUCCUUCGCUGUUCUCAUCCUGGGCUGAAAUAUUGAUGUGGCUCCAUAAGACAUCAAAAUGGUUCAAGUUCAGUUGUCACAUAAAAGAAUAAGAAGAACUUUAUUUAUUCCUGAAGGGGAAUUAACUUUAAUCAGGAAACAGUAAAGAACUGAUGCUUGAUGGCCACUAGCUUGUUUUGAGAUUUUUUUUGUUUUACUUGCCAUUGCAGUUUUGACUUGGGCAGCAGAGGCUCAGCUGUUAGUUAAGAGAGCAUGUCCAAUACAUGCUUUUUUAUGACAAAGCACAGGCUGUUGUAAAGUACCUACAUUUUGUUCACUGGAUUCCAGUUUCUCGUUGAUGUUUCAUGAUUUGGUGAAAAUAAUUUAGUAGCAUGUGCGGAAAUGCACUGGGCUAUUAUUUACUGCCUUUUCAGGAUGGGAAAUAUUAUGUCUGUAAUCUGUAAUGUACAGCUGUGGAAUAGUGCAGGAAGUUGUUUCACCUCUGACCCCUUUCAGUAUGUAACAUUUGAGCCAGCAGGGUUGAAGAGUGAUGCGUGUGUCUAUGUCUGACUCAGUAUGUUAACUUGCAGGUAAUAAAAAAAGGUGAUUUAAUUCCUUAGUCUGGCAGAAACAAGAUGUUUAAAAAACAUGUAUAUACAUGAGUCGGACUGAAAUGACACCAAACCCAACUUCUCAUGGUCAGACUAACAUACCUGAAUAAAGUAGGCAUUGCUGGAAAGCCACCAUAGACUGUAUGACUCUGCCUUCCGUCUUGAUAUGAAUUUGAAGCCAAAGUGAUCUUGGUAUUUCUGUGAUUUUCUCCACUUCCUGACAUUGUACGCAUUAAAUGGGAGAGUUGCUGUGAUGACGGUCAGCUCAAACAGCAUGUCCCCCGGAUGAGCUAUGUAAUCUUGCUACACCCAUAGGCUGUAUCAAGUGUCAAUCAUAAAAAACAUGAACCCCCUAAUAACAUUUUAAAAUGGAGUUGCACGGAAAAAAGAGGACUUGAGCACAAACCAGUCUUUCAGUAAUUACAUGUCAACAUCACAAGCAGGGGGGAGAAAAAUGUAUAUGCUGUGUAAUUAAUUUUUAAAGUUCGUCCACAGCUCCAUAGGGAUUGCUGGAGGAUGCAGGAUUUAUGACCUAUACUGCAGCCUGUCACCAGAGGGUGCUGCUCUCACAGUAGCUUCACCCAGCGAGGAGGAGGAUGAUGUCCAUUCUAUAUACAGUGUAUGGUCAUAACAGUAGCUUGACUAAAGUUCAUCAAUGUGUGUAUGUGGGACUCCUGCUGUUUUUUUUGUUUGUUUUUUCCCUAAAGCUGUGCCUCUGCUGUUUUCCUCAAGCCUGUAAUGAGAUGUGAAAUCAUUUACUGGAACCCCAGUAUUACAGGGUUCAGUAGCAAGUUCCCCUACAUCUAAUUGAUCGUGGCUUACUGCCACGGCUAAAUAAACGCCACCACACCUUAGAAAAAGUAGUUUUUUUUUCGUGGCGCUAACUCAGACUCAGUAUGUUUUAGUAGCUAUACACGCCGCACAUGGGCGCUGCAUAGCGGGGCGAGCGCAGGAGAAGAGCAAGUUGUCUGCAAUCACACAGCUGAUGAAUUACACCCCCCCCCCCUUUUUUUUUAUUUUUUUUUAGAUGUGAUAUGAUAUGAACAUAUAUAUACCUGUGUGUGUGUGUGUGUGUGUGUGUGUGUGUGUGUGUGUGUGUGUGUAUGUGCGUGUAUGUAUGUGUGUGCUUAGACAUACUGUGCACUAAAGCACUAGUGGAUGGUGUUAAUUAAGAGGAUGUGUUUCCAAUGGAGGCAGAGAAAUGCACAGGAUGUUCACUCUGUGCUCUCAGCACGUAAACAGUGAGGCACACAUGCACAGAUAAACAGUGAUCAAGUCUUCUCAGGUAUCUGACACAGCGAGAAGAAUGCCAUGCUGGGCUUCUCUAAAGCCUGCUGAGAAGCAGGAAGCAACACCAGUCUGUGUCUGCUGACGUCAAAUGCCCUCGAAUAGAGAGCUUGCUAAUUUGUGAAAUUAGAGUUACACCUAAGCAGCUGUCCAAUCUACUGGCUGAGAAUAUUAGUUAUUAUUUUGGGUGUAGUUCAGUCUUUAUCACAGCUGAUCUUGCCUCUUUGAUCCAUUCCAUGUGCAGGCUAGCCUGAGACUAAGACUCAUCUGCAAACAUCUGUUUUUCCCCUCUGGUCCCUCUUCUCAGUUAGACAGGUUUUAACCCAAACUAAGUCAGGUCAGGCCAAUCACAACCAUUCCUUUUCUGCUGGGUGGUUUUGAUUGGGAAUGUUGUUAUGCAGCUACAGUGUGGAACAAAACCAGAAGGAAGUCAAUUUACACAAUUGUAGUUAUGUUAAACAACAGAGGCUGUUUGAUCUGGUUAUUCUUCCUCACUCUCAGGAGGUUACACGCUUGUUUUUAUUCUCUGUUCUAAAUUGUUCACUGGAUGUUCGAUUAACUAUAGGUGGUGUUUGUUUUGUUUUUUUCCCCUGCUGUGUUUAUAUGUUUAAUGUCAAUGUCCUUUGAAUUUAUACUGCGGUUUUAUUUCAUGUUUUGGAGGUUAUGGAGAUUAACACAAGCUUUUAUAGUCCAUGAUUGCGACACAUUCCUAGAUAAUCAGGGAUUGAUGAACAAUGAAAGUAUUUAUAAUUUGUAAACCUAAAACAGGACCUGUAUUAUUUCAUGUCAGUUUAGUGCAGUGUGCGCUGUCUGGCUGCAGAAAACACUAAACAGAUCACCAAAUAGACUGGAGGAGUAUCUGGAGUGAAGUAAUGUUUCAACAGUGUGGUUUGAUUUUGUAUGACCUACUAUAACAAGCUUGUUUAAUUCAUUUUACAAGUACUUUAAGAGAAUAAAACCCAAACUCUUCAAUGGUUGUUGCUCUCAGGAUCUGACUGUGAGAGGAAAAUUAUGAUAAAUGAAAUCCCACAUUGUGCCUUUUGAUCUUUCCAUGGUAAAUUUUGACAAUGAGAGAAAACUAGAAUUUUGUCUAUUUUGUUUUAUAGAUAUUCAAUUUGCAUUGACAUAAGAUAGAGACAGAAAUGUUGGAGGUGCCACGACAUGCUUGACACCUACAGUACUUUGUUAGAUCAAAAACAAUCUGAUGUAUUGUUUGUUCCUCUUUCUCACAGUGUCUGAGCUUCAGGAAGAAGGGAUCAAUGCCAUUAACCUUCCUCUUAGCCCUUCACACUAUGAGCUGGACCCUGAAGACACCAUGCUAGGUAAAUAGCCACAGUUCCUGUUAACACAAAUUCAGAUAUGCUUGAAAGAGUUUGCUCAAAGCACAUGGAUGGAAUUUAAUGGAAUAUAACCCGGGAAAUUUUUAUUGACCUUUUUUUGUUAGUAAAAGUUUAAAAUAUAUUUAAUUUAGGAUUCAAAAUGAAUAAAUAUUUGCAAAAAAAAGUUUGAAUAUUCAAUAUUUGUCUCUGUUGAAUAUAGGUCAAAGAGGGUUAGGGUUAAAAAAGUGCCGGGGUAUGUGUACGAUUUGUUCUGCUCUAACUAUUCAACCAUCAAGGCAACAAAAAAUGAAAAAUCUGUAAAUCCAAGUUUAUAAAAUCUAAUAUUUCUAUGAAAAUAAAAAAUCUAGUCAUAUCAGCCUGGGGCUUUCUACGGCUUGACCAGUACACAUUCAGGCUGUGCCGUUACAUAUUAUAGGGUUUCUCAUUUGUAUACAAGCAAGAUACUCCUGCUAGCUUGCUCGAGGAGGUAAGCUGUACACUUUGAAAUUGUUAUCACAAGAAUCAACAAUAUAAUAAAAGGUAAGAAGUGUCUCUCUCCAUUUAGAUCAUCAUGUACAUGUGGAAAUAAUGUGGAGCCAUCACAUAGUGCAGUGGGGCGUGAAAAUGCUCACAAAAAAUAUUCUUUUUUUUUUAUGUGUGUGUUUCUGCUUUUUUUCUCUAGAGGAAAAUGAAGUGCGUACCAUGGUGGAUCCUAAUUCCAAGAAUGACCGCAAACUGCAGGAACUCAUGAAGGUAGGACUAAAACUGUCAAAUCAUAACUUCAUCUUACACACUUUCUUGAGCUGAAUAUUUAAAUAACUUUUAAGGAGGAAGAAAAUAAAAGUGAAAAAAAUUAAAAAAGGCUACACGCAUCACUUAAAGGGUUAUUCUGGGGUAAAUUUGAGCUAUGGUCGAAUACACCGUAACCCUGACGAGGCGAUCACUGAGUGCAGCAAAAAAUUUCUGAUUAUUACUUCAUGGAAAUGUAAUCAGACUGAAACGCUAAGGGAGGAGAAAUUCUGCGUCUGCAGUGCACAUACAAGAUACACAAGAACUCUGAUUACAUUUCCAUGAAGUAGUGAUCAUAAAUGUUCUUCUUUGAGCCGCAAAACUCUGCUGCACUUGGUGAUCGACUCGUCAGGGCUUCCCCCACAAACAAGCGGCUGCUGGAGGAGAGUGGGUGAGUUGUGUUUGGUCUCUGCUAAAGAAAUCAGGCAAAGCUAAAAAUAUGUUUGAUGGCUAGUGCGAUGACUGGGACCCUAUAUGUACUGUUGAUGAAGUUAGGUGCUGUUCUGAGCAUUAUUUGUGGCUAUAGAGUGGCUUUUUGGUUCAGGUUUGCACGUGGAGACAUAGACCGCUGAGUAUUGCUAUUGUGCAGUUGUUGCUGAAGUUGAUAUAAGUAAAGAAGCAAGAAGUCGGCAACAUUCAUCUCCCAAGGGCGUGUCUAGUGUUUCGGUGUGUUUUACCAUCACUUAAAUUUAUGCCGGAAUAUCCCUUUAAGGUUCUUUAAGGUAACUGGGUACCUUGUGCACAGAGCCCAAAACAGGUGGCCUAGGUGUGAUUCUAACAAUGGUUCUUCUCUAGUCAUCACUUUCUCUUCCAGUCUCCUCCCUAUCUACAGCCGUAUCUCUGAAUACAGGCUCAAAUGAAACCUAAAAAGAAUUCAUGUGGCAAACAAAGUUAAAGGAGUUAGUGAGGUGGCUCAACCUUAAUUUGACAGCAGUGAUCAGGGUUAAAUACACCGUGUUGAGUUCCUGAAGAAUCAGAAGUUUAGUACUUUGACAACUGACAAUGAACUCCUUUGAAAAUCAUGGUGCAGGUGGUCAUUAGAAGUGAUAACACCCUUUCUCCUUCAUAUAUAGGUGUUGAUCGAUUGGAUAAAUGAUGUUCUGGUGGGCGAGAGGAUCAUUGUGAAAGAUCUAGCUGAAGAUCUGUAUGAUGGACAGGUGCUGCAGAAACUAUUUGGUGAGGAGUUGGCCUGUACCUAAAGAAUAAAUACCACUGCCAUUGACACUGAAUUGAAUUUGGCCAUUUGUGUGAUUAUAUUCUUUAGCUGUAAUAAUGUUGAACUGCAGAUUUUUGGUACUGGCUAUGAAAUUCAGUGUUUCUUUGUCUUUUUCUUGUACUUCAGAAAAGCUGGAAGGGGAGAAGCUGAACGUGGCAGAGGUGACACAGUCAGAGAUUGCCCAGAAACAGAAGCUGCAGACGGUGUUGGAGCGCAUCAAUGACUCUCUCAAACUCUCCACCAGGAACAUUCGAUGGAACGUUGACUGUAAGGACAUCCUCAAAGAUUGAUUUACCACCUUUCAGUCCACUUCAGGGCUGUUCACUUCACCUGUUCCUCGGAGAAGAUGUGCUCAGUGCAUGUAAAUUCUUAAAGACACAACCUUGAAGGAAAUCCAUUAGUAGAAAUGUAUGCGAGCCCCUGCCCAGACUAAAUACAGGUAGCUUUGUCAUCGUUGUCAUCCCUUGUUUUUCUGCUGAUAAGAUAGAAAAUAUCUUAAAAGGCGCAGCUGAGGAAUAUUUGAUUUUGCUGUUUUACUCAGAACUUGUGCCCCUUUAAUAAGGUAAGAAAGAUAAAGAACUUGAUUGAUCCCCAAAGGGAAAUUCAACUGAUUAUGUCAAAGCAGCAUUGACUUUGUCAGGGAGGUGUUUUUUAGCUGCAUGUCUGUGGCUCUGACAGUGAGAUCCAAAGAUCAAACAGCAGCACAGUCAGGAGUGAUGAGCACAUUUGGUCUUUUCAGUCAAUCUCAUUGUGCCCUCUUAUUUGGGUGUAGGAGACCUUAAAGUGCUGGAGUUGCACAGCUGGUUGAAAAUGUAUAACUGUAUUUCAUCUCAUGAAAGGUAAUGUGAAGAACGAAUACACACAAAAUAUAUUAAUAGGGUGCUCAGUCUGGAAAUACUAUGGACUACGGCUGUUAGUAUGCAGAGCAAUCUCAGGGAAGACAAGAGAAGAAGCACUCAAGAAAUACAGACUUAAGUUAGGGCUGCAGGAUUCAUUGAUUUUAAAUCAUAAUCCGAUUAUUUUCCCCUCUAUCAUGUCUCGUGCCUCCAGGCCACCGUAGGCCCCCCUUCCUGCGGGAGCACUCCCCAGUUCCAAUCACACAACAUUGUAAACAAACAUGGCAUUUGCAAAAGAAGGCAAUCAUUUCGUGGCUAAAUAGGGCAAGAGCAAUUCAGUCGUGUGGAAUUGAUAGGGCUUUGCAGUUUGGGACGAAGAGUAAACCACUCCCCGCUGCAAAGUCUGUCUGAAGGCAGUAUCAACCCGUCCACAUGGAAACAGAUUCAGGAGUAAACGUAAAAGUUUUUUGUUGUAUCAGUGUUUCAUUGACACAGAAACAGUGUUUCGUGUGACUGUAAACGGGGCUUUUUUGAAAAUGGCUCAGAGAGUGCAUAAAUCCACAAACGACUACCAUUUCAUCUCUGUGUGGAUGCCUGUCUGCAUCUCUCUAAACGAUUAUGUGACACUCAUUGUAACUCUUUUACGGCGGCUGUGCGUAUUUGGCCAAAACAACCUUUAUACACGUGCUCUGUACUCUUCUUCUGUCUUUUGUGCAUUUCCUGGACAGAGUUAUUGCGCCACUCACUGGCUUGGCAUAUGCACUACAUUGUCUCAGUGGUUUCAUUUUGAGAGAUGAUAGAAAAACGUAUUAUUAUUAAAGUGAAGUUUGGUGAAGUUGUCACUGAAUAAAAAAUAGAAAAUCGAGUCUUCAGAGAAAAAAAGUCAGGAUUUUAAUUUGGCCAAAAUUGUGCAGCCCUUAAGAACAAAUACAAACAACAUUGUUACAGGGCUGUAAGUCUGGUAAUACUAUGGAUCACGGCUGUUAUUAUGCAGAGCAUCUCAGGCCUUUAAACAGACAAGAGAAGAAACUUUAAAGAAUACAGACUUUAGUGCAAUCAUUACAAGGCUUAGUAGAUAAUCAGAGGCAGGAUCUGCCAUGUUCUUGAUUCUGGUGAUCCCUUUGGACAAGAUCAGGGCAGAAAUAUAAUCAAGGCUGUAUUUCCCUUGUACCAACAAGCACCCACUGUUGUAAAGAUGUGGCACUUGCCAGACAUGCAUUUACUGUUUUUGGCAAAUGAAUGGAAUACAGACCUUUCAAUUACAUUUUUUUUUCAAAACAACAUUUUGCAGGAUGUAAUGAUCUGGAGAAAAAUAACUCAUCGACAUUAAAAAUCUUUUUUUAUUUUAAGUUUCCUGGCCUAGAUAAGCAGCAGCAAAUGACACAAAGUUACAAGAUCACAUAUUGAUUUGCAGCUACAUUAAAAUUAUUAACUGUUAGUUCUUAACAAUGGCUGACAGAUGUACCAGUUUGAUGAUGCAUGCACAUGUUUUUUGAGCAUUCACAUGCCAGUUGUGAACAUGAAAUCUUGCUCAUUUUCCAUUCAGUCCUUUUAGUAGGGAUUUCCAUCUAAGUCAUUGCUUUAACAGACAAAUGAAAGUCCUGCUCCAGCAGCAGCCAUGUGUAAAAAAAACAUCAUGUAAAAUUAAAAUAACCCAGAGACUGAGAGACCCCCCUGCUUGCCAGUUUACAUCUUAAUGCCAAACUUCACCUGCUAAAUUCUAAAUAAAGCCACUCUCAAAUGAGCGUUGAAUGCCAAACCCAAAAUUCAUUGUAAACACAGUGACAAUCUCAUUGUCAGACACAGAGACAUUUUAAAGAGACAAUUUAAAAAUCGUUUAGUGUUCUCUAUGGUCGAAGUGAAGAGGCACAGCACAGCUGGGCCCUGUGAUUGGUGGAAAAGAAACAGGACUGUCUAAAUGGAUUGGAAAGCCAUUAAAACAUGCAUGGAGACAGGAUUUUGAAAGACUCUAAAGAGAGUCCUUGACCCUCUUGCACCCACAGACAACUUUAAAUACCUUUUAGUAAAAUGAUGAAGUCAAGAACGGUCAGUCAAUAUGUAUACCAACUGAACAUCUGAUUAAGACAAAAUAAAGUGCAGACUAGUGUAGAAACAACUCUCUCCACUGAUGCAUGGACUGCAACUGCACCUUUGUGUCCUAACCAACAACAAAUCCCUGUUUAAUGAAUGGACUUUGAUUUUGUAAACACAAUGGCCAGUUUGUUGAUGUUCUCAGUGAAAGCAAAGAAAUGGUUGAUAUACAUCUACAGUAAUCAUUAAACAGUAUUAAAAAAAAGCAAACCAUUUAAACAUCCAACUGACAUCUUUGUUCAAAUCAGCAUCAGAAAAGAAAAUCUAAUGAGGGUAGCUUCAUUUUGUCGACCAUCUCUUCAUGAGUGCCACUUCGUGUGCAGUGUUGAGAUUUCCCAGAGAAGCUUUCCAUUUGUUGGGCUACUAUGCUACUGAAUUACUGUCAUCACCUCACCUACUUUAAAGUAAUGAGACCAUAUAAUGUGCUCGUGUGUGAGCUAUUGUUCACUACUACACCCUACAAUCCAGACUCCUCCUCAACCAGUCUUUUUACACUUGGUCUUGGUGCUCAUAAAAGUACACAGUCAAGCUUGAUUUUUGACAUGUCUUCACAGAUUAAUAACAUUAACAAUAUCUUACAAGUUGUUAAAAGUGACGGGAUCGCUGGUAAGGGUUUGGUGUUAGCUACCAAGGUGAUGCGAGAAGUCAGAAUAUCAGGUCAAGACAAAAAAUCUUAGCAUCACAUUUAUUGGAAAGUAGGAGCUACAUGCAAAGUUGUUUUGUGUGACCACUUCAAGGUUUUUUUUUCUAUGAAUGUACCAGCCCUGCCAUUGUAGAAAUAUGCUCUUUAUUGAGUCGCAAGCUUUCAGAAAUGAAAGCGUAAAGACAUGCAUGUCAAUAAAGCUCCCCACAACACCUUUGAUGAAACUCUUUUAUGUGACACACUCAGGAUAGUAAUUUUCUGCCUCCCUGCACGCUGCCUUUCAUAUAUGCUACUAGCUUUAACAUAGAUAUAAAUAUUCUAGACACAAGGAGGAGGAAGAGUGAAGGUUGAGAUAAACAGAUGGCAUUGUGUUGCAUGAGGCGGAAAAGCACAAUAGGAAAACAGAUUAACUUAAACAGACGAAUGAGAAAUCCUUUAGAAUAAGGACCAGAAUUUACUUCUUAAUGGUAACCCAGAAAAUAAGGAUCCUAUCAGAUAAAUCCAUUUCCAACCAAAUAAUGUAACAUUCUUCAACGCAACUCUAGGUAGAAUUUGUCCUUGAAAGCUCAUGUGUGUAUCUUUAUAAAUGAGAAAGAGCUCUGUGGAUGGCGUGGAAUGUAAUUGAUUUCUCAGUCCUUUUCUUUGAAUUUUUUUAAUCAAUUCACUUUUGUUUGUCUCUACUUUCACCUUUCAGUCUGAAGCCUUUGAAAACCUAUUUGGGUGCUCUUAGGCAGUGAGGAUCUGAUAGGUUUUAUGAAGGCCUUUAGCUUGCUGCCUGUGAUUUGCCAUUCCCAUGGCUUAUAUCAAAGGCUUCUAUGGACACUUCGAUGAUUCAGAUUGUUUGUGCCUCAACACGACGAUGAUUUAAGUCAUAUCACUCUGCAUCCGUCUGUAUUGUUGUUGACUCCAUGUCGUGCAAUAUUGCAACUCUAAAUUUUAGGUAUUAGUUCAAAUUAAAAAAAGAAGAAAUGCAGCACGAGGCUUUUAUGUAAAUAUUUACACGUAGAGACUGACAUCAUCAUUUACCACAAGAGUGUGAAAUAAGCAUGAGUAACACUAAAAAUGUUCACAAGAAUUUGUAUGCUGUACCAGUCUUUUGUGACAUUAAAUUUAAGCACAAGGCUUGAACACUUUGCUGUACUGUUGAAAUGCUCAGUUCAAGCAUGUCAUUUUCUGUUGCUGAUUUAUUUCCUUUUCUCUGUUAGCUGUUCAUGCUAAGAGUAUAGUUGCCAUCCUGCACCUGCUGGUGGCGCUGUCCCAGCACUUCAGAGCACCAAUCAGAUUGCCAGACCACGUGUCCAUUCAAGUUGUAGUUGUCCAGGUGAGUUGUUUUCAUGGAUUUCAAGUGUGACUGUAUAACAUUAAACACGUGCUGCUACCAUCUGUAGAUUUGUCUUUUAUUUUCCUUUUUUUGUCAUGUUUUUACAGUCAGAUUUGGUAAGAUACAAAGUUCACGAAGUGUUCUCUUUUCAUUUCUUUCAGAAAAGAGAGGGCAUCCUACAGUCAAGACAAAUUCAAGAGGAAAUCACUGGGAACACAGAGUAUGUAUUCUCAGUUGUUUAACCUUUUGUUUUUUUAUCUGUAACUACACACGUGGGACAUGUUUGACUAACGUUACUAGGAAGGCCAAAGAAAACCUCUGCAUAUUGUUUUUUUACAAAGUAAAAGUUAACUCAAUAAGAAGCUCAGCUUUUCUUCAAUUUGGUUGUAAGCAGUGCCAGUGGGAGAAUCUGCAGCCUCUUUAACACUAGCCAUGCAGAUAUAACUGCAAUAAAUCUGAUGUUAGUCCUGCAAAGUAAUGGCACUAUUUGACAAGAAGCUCUAAAAUUGUAACUGUUUAUGAAGGGGAAAAAAUCCUUGAUAAAACUGAAGUACUGAGAAAUCUACUUUAAUCUACUUUGGGGUGGCAGUAGCUCAGGAGGUAGAGCAGUCGUCCAAUAACUGGAAGGUUGGUGUUUCAAUUCCCCCCUAUCCUGAGUCUGUCCAUUGUGUCUUUGGGCAAGACACUUUACCCACCUUGCUCCCAGUUUGUGUCCUUCGCUGGUGUAUGAUUGUGAGUGUUGUGUGGUGGUGGUCAGAGAGGCCGUAGGCGCAAACUGGCAGCCACAUUUCCGUCAGUCUGGGCAGCUGUGACUACUAAGGUAGUUUACCACCACCAAGGUGUGCCUGUGAGCGAAUAAAUGAUGUAUCCGAUAUAAAGCGCUUUGAGGGUCUCUGAUAAAACACUAUACUAAAUCUGAUGCAAUAUUAUUAUAAGAAUUUUUAUUUAUUUUAAAAAAAUUGAACUUAUUAUUAUUAAGGAAGCAUAUUGCAUUGACCAACAAAAAAGCUCUAUUUUUUUAGAGUAAUUUUUUUGUUCUAUUUUUUGGACAGAUUAAUUUUCAUCCCCCUCUGCUCGAUUUAUCGGAAGCAAACAUUGUCCACUUGUAUAGUUAAAUCAAGUUUUACUUCCUUUUUGGCUUUUAAAACUGGGAGAUACUCCUUUCUUUAAGUCAGAAAGAUGGAAUCAUCAUAAGUUUUUCUACUUUGCGCAGGCACCUCAGGAUUUACAUACCGUAUGUUUAACAAACAACAUGCUUUACUCUCAUUGACCCCAUUGUCGAAGUUAUCUAGGAGCUGGAGAAUCCGCUGAUUUGGAGCAGCUGCGGUGGUUAACGUUAUCUGAUUGCAUGAGAUUCUUGCAGGAUUUUGAAGUAUCUUGUUUAGUCAUGAAAACAAAUAGUCGGACAAAAAGAAAGAUGGAAAAAAAUGUUACGAAAAACAGAAUAAAAUUUUAUCUAAAAAACAGAAAGAGGGGGAAAAAAUAAUUGAAAAAAAAGGAAAAAAUUGUCAGAAACACAAAGAAUAAAAAAAAUUGUCUGGAAAAAAGAGCGAAAAAAAAAAAAAUAUUCAAAGUACUUGUCAUUUCUUGUUCCAAAACAGGCAUUUCUCUACUUGGCAUUGGUAUGUCAUAACACAGUAGACGCUCUUUUGUGUCAAACAGAACAAGUGACCUGAAGUCGUAUCUCAUUGAACCCUGUAGUGGUUUGUUUGCGAUGGCAAAGCAAGCAACCAGAAAAAUAAAUGCUUGUUACUAACCCUGUUGAUUCAUUCCACAUCAGGGAGUAACAAAAUCUCAAGACUCAGCAAAUUCUACUGGUUCAAUAACUGGUUUAGUUCUGAAGAUCCUGCUGCUCAAAGACACUUUUUUGAUCAGUUGUUUGUCGCCAUUUUGAAGCGUCCCACAAUGUGAAACUGCAGAAAAAUGAGACCAAUAUGCACAGUCUUUGUUGGAAAAGAAAGUUGUGAUGCAAGGAUAGUCUGGAAAUGGUGUGUGCCAUGAUCCACAUGACAAAAGAAAAUUGAAGAAAAAAAAGGAACAGUGUUUCGAUACAUCAUCAAAUUUGGAAAACAUCAACACAGUCUGCAGUUGUGAACGCACCUUUAAGGUUUCCAUGGUGAAUCUCAUCUGUAAACCCUCCUGUCAUUCACUUAUUGUAAAAGGAGGCACUGUAAUGCUAAAAACAAAAAGAUAAUCAUAAUGAUAUGGAUAAUAAAUUUCCUCGGUUUUACAGUUGGUGUUCAUUUAUAACUUUAAAUGAGAACAUCUUAAAAGUAGAUACAAAGCUGUGCUCAGACUUCAGAGACCAGCUUUUAUAAAAUGAUGAAACCUACCUAACUACUGUGCUCUGACAAUUUCAUUCAAUCAGGUGAACUGACAUGUCAACCAGUGUAGUGGUUAUGCUGUUGAAGUUUUUACAUUAAAGCAGAGCUCCUUUCAGUGCAUUACUGACUAAAUAUUCCAAACACGUAAUGCCACUAAACGACCACAAAAAGAAAUUGACACCAAGUCCUCAUCUCUUUCGAAAGAAUGCCACAUUUUCAAACAGGAUUUCACCAACGUCAAAUCUGUACCACAAAAGCAAUGAUUCAAAUUCAUUAUGUCAGUGGAUUCUCCUAUCGUGGUGGGACUUGAAAUGAAAAAUCUUGAAUAUCAUCUUUACCACUAUUACAAAUCUGUAGCACUCUCUGCUUUACUGACUCGUAGGAUAAAUAUAUUGCAGUAAGUGAAAAGACAAGCUUUGUUUUUCAAAGACAUAUGUGAUGGCACCCUGAGCAGAAGAAUUAGACUAUGUGAAAGACAAAGACACGUUUCUACCUGAGAGGCUGUCCUGCAGCCUAACAGCAGCAGUGAGGGAGAUAACAGCAGGCCAACAGGCAGCAGUACAACAUUUAGACAUGGUAGAUGGAUACACUUUUAAUAACGCACACACACACACACACACACACACACACACACACACACACACACACACACACACACACACAUUCUCUCUCUUGGUUGCACACACUUGCAUGAUCACAGUGGAAAUACGGUCAUUACCCCACAACCAGGAACAUUGCCCAGACUUGCCUUCCUUUGCCAUCACAGAUUACACCGUGAACAUGUGUGAGAGUCCUCUGUGUGUGUGUGUGUGUGUGUGUGUGUGUGUGUGUGUGUGUGUGUGUGUGUGUGUGUGUGUGUGUGUGUGUGCCACUUCUUGCUGGCCUGCCCAUUGCGAUAUGUCUCCCUCAGGGGACUCUCAGACUGCAGUGUUCCCUGUCCUCCAAAACCACCUGACCCUUUCCAACAAAAACAUCCUCCAAACUGCUUACAUUGUCAUAAUAGACUAGAGAGGCCCUCCAUUCCCAUAGAAAUCCACAUGUACAGACAGGCACAUCUUCAUUCAUUGUAUCAAUACCCAAUAGUUUUGCUCUGCUGUUGAGAUUGUUGCAUUGUUUUAGUAAGCGGUCAUUGUAAAUGUCCCUGUGGUGAUACCCAUGUUAUUUGAAUACCCCAGGUGUGCCUGUGUUAUUGUUAAUCAAAUUAUGAUACCUCAGCGACAUCAUAGUAUUUUCAUUUCGCUGACAUAAUCCCGCCAUUCUUUACAUUCCUCUGUGGUCGAACUGGAAACACCCGUCUUUUAUUCUCUCUUGUUUCUUUUUUUAUGAAUAUUGAAGCAGGAUUGAUUCUGAUUAGUACAGGAUUCCACACAUUUCCUCUCUCAUUGUUUCGUUCUGUUUCUCUUCCAGGGCUUUCUCUGGCAGGCACGGUAUGUAGUCAUUCAGAAGACCAUGAUAUAUGCCAUUUUUACAGUGUUUUCUCAGGAGUGUUCACAUCAAACCGUCCAUGUAUUUUGGAAUAAAAUGUGUCUUAUUUAUUCCCCACAGAGCGUGAUGCGUUUGACACCCUGUUCGACCAUGCCCCUGACAAACUGAAUGUAGUCAAAAAGGUAGAAAUGCUUCAAAGCUUUGGCAGAAACCUCUAUUUACAGAAGAAAAGUCGUCUUUGUGUAUUGAAUUCUACAGCGUGGUGUAAUAGUUGUCAGGGAAUGAACUUCUGUGGCUUUAGGCUGAGAAGAAUUUAGUUUUUUACUAUUGAAUAUUCAGCUUUUUAUCUUGUCACCCAGCGUACCUAUUUUAGGCACUAAUAUGAAAACUUUAGAGCAAAAGAAAAAAAAUAUAUAAAAACAUUUUUGCCUCUUUGAGAAGUUUGAGCUUUUGUAGCAGGAAAAUACAGGAACUCUGUGGAAAAGAGAGAGUGAGAUUGGACAAGGAUCAGAGGAUAUACAGUCUUUGUUUGCCUGUUUGACCAACCAAGUUUAAUCAGGUCCCUGUCAGCCCUACUUUAAGUGUCCUUAAACAUGUUACCAAUAGUGUUACCUUUUUUUCUUUGUAAUUGAAUGAAACGCAGCACAUUAUGUUGUUUUCACCUGCACAGUCCGUUUUUAAUAAACGCACCAGUCUGGAUUUAUGUGUAAGACUUCCCUGUCUUACUAUUUCUUACUGAGUGUUUUGUGUGUGUGUGUUUUUUUUUUUUCAGACACUGAUCACUUUUGUGAACAAACACCUGAACAAGCUCAACCUUGAGGUUUCAGAGUUGGACACACAGGUACAUCACACAACCCUCAUAUGUGUGUAAUGCACUAAUAUAUUCUUUCAGAUGUAUUGCUUUGUACCGACAGAAACUUGUUUUGUAGAGAAGUGUUUUACUGUGUUAUGUUUUUUUUUUAUUCAGUAACAUUUUCCUAUGAUUCACUGAAAAUGUUCACAUGAUUAUUUCUGUUCUGUAGAGAUGUUCAUCUCCUGACUAAAAUCUUUCCUGACCAGGUUUGACUACUAAACCAGUACAGAUAAAAUCAUCUGCUCACCAGUAGGCUCAGCUUGUUAUCAUUCACUCAAUAACAAAGGAUUAGGGAUGUCCCAGUCAACAUUUUGGCCCUGGGUCCUGACCUAGCUUUUGAAAUAUUGAGUAUCCGCUGAUACUAAGUCCCAUUCUGACACUUGUAUUUGUCUGAAUAAUAGAGCUGCACGUUUAUUUCUUGUUUUGCUUCUUGCUCUCUUUCCCUCCAUCAUACCUUAACAGAUUUACUUAAAGCUGUCUUCAGCUUUGGAGCAUCAGAGCUCCAAGUGUCGGUUGCAGAAAUAAGAGCAGUCACAUCUUGUUUUAAAUCACCUUGUAUGUUGUCACAAACUUUUCUAUGCAGCCCCAUACAGGUAGUGUUUCAAAUGUCAUGUAGAGACUGCAGAAAAAUCCAAUCUCUGUUAAUAAUAGCAAUAACUGGCACUAUUAAGCUGGUGGUAAGAACUAAGGAUCGAUCGAUAAUUGGCACGGCUGAUAUAAAGCAUUUUUACAAUAAUCGGCAUCAGCCAUUUUUCCACCGAUCGCUGAUAAAAUAAAUUUGUUUUAAAACACACUCAUACGCCUCUCUCUGCCGAAAGUCACCACUCUUGAUUGUGCCACAAUGUUACACCCACAGUCCCCACUGAUUGGCUACACAGGCAGUUAAUAAACACUCUAGGUGCAGCUUUGGGAGUAAGGAAGAGAGAGAGAGGAGAGAGUGCUCCAUGAAGCAGCGGUCUGCCGCCGCUAAUUGGAUGUGAGACUCCUGUUCCUUUCACCUGUGUUUUUUAACACUGUAGAAGUAAAAGUUCAAGUAAACAAAAUAAAAGCCGACACCAGCUAUUGUAAUUAUUACAUAAAUAAUUUUGCACUGUCACUAAUAAAGAUAAAGAAUACACGAAGUAAUACAGAUCACUUUCAGGGAAACCUCAACCAAAAAGCCACUCUAUAUCCACAAAUAAUGCUCAGAACAGCACCUGGGUCAUUCCAUGAAAUCAGUGCCUUUUGCUACCCCAAGAAGUAAUCAUUCAUAAAAAUAUGAUAACAAGAAAUUAAUAUGUAAUUUAAAAAUACAACAUAACCAUGUCUUCUCUCCUUAAUAUAAUAUCAAAUUAAAUUAAAUUUUGGCCUGUAACUCACUACUAUUGCUGUACAUAUACAGGACUUUAAAUUUGUAAAAUGUUAAAAUAUGCACAUUUACAUAUUGUUUUAAGUAUGAUCUUAUUGUUACACAGUGUUUUUGGUUAUACUAUAUAUUAGUCAUAAUUAAUAUUUACCAAUUUAACAGCGUCCCCUGAUUUCAUGUUAACCCUGUUACCCUAACUAAAAAACCCUAAAAAAAAUAAUAGUACAUUCCAGAUUUGACAUGAUUAACAUGAUUGUCAGUGACAAUUAAGUUUCUGGCAUCUCUGAUGUGCUAUUUUUGAUGUUUUUUCAAGGUUUAACCAGGGGGGACAAGCAUACACCAACAAACCUAUUACCACUUUUUAACAUAUGAGCCAAAACAAUUUUCUAUUUCUCAACAUAUAAUCAAUAUCUACAAGAAAUUAACUUUCAAAGUACCUAGCUUGCACUUUAGCUAGUACUUAUUUAAGCUAGCCACAGGCAGAUUAUCUUAAAAUUGUCAACCCUGUUACUGUCAACCCUGUUACCUUUCCACAGUAACAGGAUUUGACAUGUGAGUAACAGAGAUGACACAGAGUAGUGUAUACCCUCGUUGUAAUCUUUUUAAAGGUUAACCUUUUAAAAUUAAAACAUUUUUAGGUCAUCAAGUGAACAUUAUUGAGCUAAUAAUUAUUUUUUGAUUGAUUGAUUGAUUGAUUGAUUGAUACGCCAGUGGAGAGCCAGUUACUUUGUGUCCAGUUACUUUUACUCUUGUCAGCCCUGUUACCAUAACGCCAAUCCUGUUGAUGUCAUUAAUUUGAUAAAAAUGUAAAAAUGACAACUCAAAUGGGCUUUCAACACUUACCAUUAUGAUUUAAUUACAUUAUAUUUUAGAUUGGGCCAUUUUUCAACAUUUCUCUUCUAAAAAAUAUCUGAUGUAUGUUGAGACGUGAUCACCAUGCAAAAUUAGGGUAUAGUUGAUCAUCUGAAUGACAAAUAUCUAAUUGGAGAAAAAAAUCCACAAAAUAAAAUAAUCUCAAUGGAAAGAGAGACUAAAGUACUAGUAAUAUAUGUACCAUAUAUUGCAUAUUUCUAAUUAGAAAUAUUGUAUUUUGUUAAGUUCAUGUUGGUAACAGGGUUGACAAGAUUAUAAAAACAGCCAGAAGAAAAACUGUUAUGAAAUAUGAAAUAACACAGCCUGAGAUGGCACAGUAUAAUUUCCUGCCAUUUUAAACAUUCUAUGAUUCCUGGGUACUUAAAAGUUAACGGUUAAAUAUAGUUUAAAUUUUAAAUUUUCUAAGCUGAAAAGGCACAGGUUUCAUGGAAUGACCCACCUAACUUCAUCAACAGCACAUUUAGGGUCCCAGCCAUAGUACUAGUCAUCAAACAUCUUUUUAGCUUUGCCUGAUUUCUUUAGAAAAGAGACCAAACGCAACUCACCCACUCUCUUCCAGCAGCCGCUUGUCUAUCAACUGCAGCAGGGGGACGCAGCUCAAGGAAGAACAUUUAUGAUCAUUUCUACAUGGAAAUACAAUCACUAAGGCAGAAGAACUACCGCGCCUGCGGUGCAAAUUGAUUAAUAUGAUGAUUAUUACUUUAAGGAAACUACUGUGUAUUGCUAUCUGUGGUUGUUACUAAAGUUGGUAUAACUAGAAAGUUGGUAUAACUAGAGAAGCAAGCAGUCGGCAACAUUGAUCUCUCCUUCAAACCUGCUUCUCAACAAAUGGUCAUUUCCCAGAGUCAAUCUUUACAGUCAAAACUAAGAUUCUUCAACUUACGCUUCUCAUAAAACCACAUACCCACAGUUAUAACAAACACCAUGAAGCAUGGAGAGAUAAAACAAAAGAAAAAAACUAGCAGGUAGCACCACGGCUAGAAAUGCUCCUUGGUUUCUAGGAAGCAAAUGGAGCCAGCAUGCUCUACUUCCGGUUCUUUUCUCAUUUCAAAAUAAAAGCACAUGUUUCAAAAUAAGGCCAAAAUAUACAUUUUUUUUUUUUUACUGCAAAUGAAUAUCGGUUCUAAAUAUUUCAGUUUCCUAUCAGUAUCAGUAUCUACCCUAAAAAAAACAUAUUGGUUGAUCCUUUGCAAAAACUGAUGAAUUCAACCCCCUUUCCUGUAAUCUUUUCAGCCUUUUUUCUUCAGUGACAUGUAGCAUACCUUUCCAAGUCCAGAGUUUCUGCAGUAAAAGUUCUGUCUUCUGUUGCAUGUUUAGCUUGUAGAUCAUCACCAUCUUUUUGCAUUUCGGCCAAAGUAGCUCCCAGACUGUUUACUUCCUAAUUUCAAACAUUUCCUCACUACUGUCAUUCUAGCCACAAGGUUGCUAAUGCAAAGUUACUGGCACAUUGGGGUCGAGGUCUGCUGGAAAUUGUGCACAGUUUACAGCAACUGAAGGAAAUGAUUGGAUUGAGACAACUGGCUCAACUUGGCAAUCUCUAUCAGUAAAAAAGUUGGGAUGAGGUUUAGACACCCCGACAAAGGACUUUCAGGUCAGCCAGUUAACCUGCUGUCUCAGUUUGCAGAUGGCGUUUACCUGGUGUUGCUGAUGGGGCUGUUGGAGGGAUACUUUGUGCCGCUCUACAACUUUUUUCUUACACCUGAGAAUUUUGACCAAAAGGUAAAGUGUGAUGUUUUUUUCUUCUAUCAAUGAGCUAAACUAAUAGAGAAAUAACCGACUUUUACCCUUUCUUUGUGGCUUGUGUCCUCAUAGAGGGUGGAAAAGCUGCACUCUAUGAUGGAUUGUUUACUAACCAUGUGGUGUCAUUUGAUUUUGUUUUUAAAUGCCCAUAGAGGCUUUACAUAAGACUGUUUGAACAUUACUGUAGUCAGGAAUGACUAACAUGAAAGUUAAUCAUAACGGCUGUGUUUUCUGCUAUAUUUUAAUUCCAAAUUAACUGUGGAUGGAUUUUUUUUUAUGUAGCAAAAGGCAAAUUUAAAUGGGACUAAAAACUGCUGGAGACUGCAGGUACUGCUGUUCCCUGGUGUUCAGUUUUGGAUUGAGGGUUACCAUCACAUACCGUCAGGCUUUUUUGAAAAAUACAACAAUUCACUGAUUUAUAGGUCAAUAGUCCUUUAUAGUUAAUGUAAUGAUGUUGGAAACAGCCCUUAUUAUGUACAAAGAGAUGACCACCUUCAAUCCACAAUGUGCCUUCAUAUUUUUGGCCAUUGUUUUCAUUUCUGUAUGGUAGAGCCAGAGCAAAAACUAGUGUAUAUAGGCCAAUGUCCUGUGUCUCAUUUCUUCAUUUCUUUGUCUUCAUAGCUGAUUGAAUCAGUAACAUUGAUUACUACUGUGACUCUUACGCUGUGGCCUUGGUUGGCUUGUUUGGACACUCAGGAACAGUCUUAAAGUUGUAGGCCUCGUCAUGUUGUAUAAAAUCCCUUCUCCAGAUCCAAGGAAAGGGGGCUUUGGCCCUCUCUGAACCUGAAGUUCAGGGAACACACUUCCAUCAACACUUCAUUUAAGAGGAGCAUCAUGCACCCAGAACCAGGCCUCUCUUCUCAAUAGCUUGUUAAAUGCCAUCCCUUACUCUUGAGCCCUUUCAGGGCAGAGCCAUCUUUGCUCUCUAGUGGCCUCUGUAGUACUAUGGUAUUCUGAACAGGCAAUCUGUGGAGACACCACAGUAGCCUUUUGUCUGGGUCUUGGCCAGUCGCCCCUGCCAGACUGCCGAGCAGAAUGGGCAUCAGUGCUACAAUGUACACACACACAGGCUCUCCUGGCCUGGAAAGACAGGCACCAGCCCCAUAGCAUCUGUAAUCUCCUACUGCACUGGGAACGUCUGGAGUGGCUUUGGGGCUCAGCUCUUGUGUGUGUGUGUGUGUGUGUGUGUGUGUGUGUGUGUGUGUGUGUGUGUGUGUGUGUGUGUGUGUGUGUGUGUGUGUGUGUGUGUGUGUGUGUGUGAGCCUAGAGGCCUAUCAGUGUUACACCACAAGUAGCACGAGGCAUCGAGAAGGCUCUCUCGCUAUCUCCCGGCAGAUCUCUACUUAACUCUUCUUCUCCUCCAUUUUCUUUGACUGUAUUAGAUUGCUACGGUCACGCUUUUCACACAAUACGCUCUUGUAGGCAAAGCUUUUAGCGCAUCACAGCAGGAGCCGCUCACACAGAUACAAUGGUCAGAGAGUGGAAAACAUCUUUCACUCCUCUGCUUUGUUUUCUCUUGUCUUGUAGUUUCUCGAGAUGCUUACCUGUCAGCUGGGUUGAGACAUCUUUGCUGUUUUUUUUACACAGAACAUUGUCUCUCUCUGUCAUUCCACACGCAGAAGGACUGGAAAUCAAAGUCGUUCAGUCCUUAUUGGUCCACUUUAACAAGAUUUGUGCUCCAUGUUUUGAAUUAUUGUCAGGCCUACAUUUAGGGGAUCAUCUCCAUGGUUAGUUUCCUGAAACAAAGGAAAAUUGAAAGGCAUCUUUGCUGGUAUGUUUUUUGUUUUGGGUUUUUUUGUGCCUUCACUGAGAGGGCUGGACAGUGGGUAGAGUUGGUGAUGGGAAAGAGAGAGUGGGGGUUGUUGCCAUGCAGCAAAUGGCUGAUGGUGAGAAUUGAACUGAGGGUUGUAGCCUCUGUACAGGGGACAUGCAAUUCAAUCACUGAGGUAAUGCGACACCCCAAUCUAUCUCUCCUCUUCCUGCAUGUUAGCACACAUGUUUAAUGAUGCAAUAAUUAUGAAGUUGUCUUUUUUUGUCAGUCUUUUGUCCACACUCAGUUUUAAUGGAGAGCAUGAUGUUAUAAUAUGAGUAUCUCGCUUCAGUGAUAGUAUCACUUUCUUGGAGUUAGGAGGGUUUUGGAGUGACUCUGCUGACAAAUAUCUGUUGAUUCAUGAGGGAGCAGAGUGUUUGUGCAGCUGCUGAAGGCUUAUGGUCUUACAGAACAGAGCCAUGUUGUGUUUGCCGACACAGGAAGCUGUGGUAGCAUGAUUGAAUUGAUCCAGAGUGUAUUGUGGGAUUUAGCAACCAGUGCCUGAGUUCCCUUAUCAGCGAGGGGCUGUCGGUGGAGCUGCACGACUUGUGCUUACACGCCUCUGCCUAUAUGUGUUAAGCUUAAGAGGUGUGUGUUUAUCUAUGUGCGUCUGUGUGGUUGUCCUAAUAGUGGUAAUCAUGUCCCCCUAACAGCCUCGUCCUUCUCUCUGCAGGUCCACAACGUGUCCCUCUCUUUUGAACUCAUGCAGGAUGGAGGUCUGGAGAGACCAAAGCCCCGACCAGAGGGUAUGGCUCAUCAGUCCUUUUCUUAGUGUCUGUAUUUUAACCAUAGACUGUAUAUAAAAUGGACACCGUGGUUCCGCCUUCCGCCUGUAUACGGAUUUGAAGCCAAAAAGCCCUCGGUAAUUCCGGGUUUUUCUCCGCUUCCUUGAAACCAGCGCUGUGCAGUAGCGUUGUGCGUAUUCGGCCGCGCAGUCGCCGAGAGUCCCUGUGAUGACGCUCGGGUCAAACAGCGUAUUUCCCCGGAAGAGCUACGGAAUCCCUGAAUGCCCAUAGGCUGUACCAGGUGUCAAUCAUAGAAAACAUGAACCCCCUAAUAACUUUUAAAAACGGAGCUGUACAGAAAAAAAAGGAGUUGGGCACAAACCAGUCUUACAAUAACUACAUGUCAACAUCACAACCAGGGGGGAGAAAAAAUUGUGUUCUGUGUAAUAAAUUUCUAAAGUUUGUCCACAGUCCCAUAAGCUUUGCUGGCGGAGGCGGGAUUUAUGACCUGUACUGCAGCCCACCAUCAGAGGGUGCUGUUCAAAGAGUGGCUUCACCCAGCGAGGAGGCAGACUCUGUCCAUCUUAUAUGCAGUCUAUGAUUUUAACCUGUGAACAACUAAGUCUUUUUAAUAUUGAAAAGGUCACACUGUUUAUAAAGGGUAAGGUGGGUGAGGUCUCAAAGUAUUAAUGUUCUCGCAUCUCAAAUUGUUUUCCAGUAUUUGUAUUUUGACAACUAAAUACAACUAAAGCAUAGUCACAUUGACCUCUAAACACUGGCCACUGCUGCAAUGCUGGAGAUGUGGCAACAUACUGUAGUAAAAUGUGCAAUGAUUUAUUUUAAGAGGACUUUAUUGCUCAGUGAGGAUAUCAGUAUAUUUAACUCUGAUCUCUCUUCCUUUUUUAGAUAUUGUGAACUGUGACCUUAAAUCCACUCUUCGUGUCCUCUACAACCUCUUCACCAGGUACAGAAACGUAGACUGAAGACCACACAUGGAAAGAGCGAAGAUAUCUUAAUGUCUUACUAGAACUUUUUUUUAUCUUUUUGUUAAUUUUUUUUUCCCCAUGAUGCACCACCUAUUGUCCUUUUUGAGAAGUGUGCCACAAAAACAAAACUUUAUUCCUUUUAGUUUCUGAGGAAAAAUGAAGUUUGUGUUUCACAAAAUGUGUUUUUCUUUGUAACUGUCAAUUUGACAGAACAUCACAGUCCAUAGUCUGGGAGGACUUUAGUCAGCCUACACUAAAAGGAGUUGAGGGAAUUUGACUGUAGGUCAACAACACGUAGAUCUUAUAAUUCCAAAAAUGAAAAAAUGUAUGAGUUGUAUUUAUUGAAGCCCAUAGUGAUACUCCAGUCUUCUUUUUACUUUCCAUCUGUUUAAAUUUCUUCUUCCUUGCUCUUGUUUAUGUCAGUACAAAGUGCCUUUAUUUAAAAAGAUGAUGUAUUUGCUCCCCUGUUGUCUUAAUGCUCCAGUUUUCAUCAUACCUUUUUGUAUUCACACUGUAUAAAUACGAGAUGCUUUCUUUUCAUUUCUACGUAAACGUGCAUGAUAUUUUUCUAAUGAUGGUCCACUCUCCUCAUGACAUAUAUUCUCUGCUAAACAUAAUAAAUGUUGUAUCUUUAAUAAACACAGAAGAUUUCACUCUCA